UAUUAUUCAUGUGAAAAAUGAAGAGUGAAUCGGUUGAUGAAUUUUGACAGGGCGAUAAUUCUGUGAGUUAAAAAAAAAGUUUUUGGCGCUAGGAACCAAAGUAUAGGUUCCAACUUCCAGGUUUGUUUUUAUAGAGGUUAAAAAUCGUGACGGAAAAUGAAAUUUUAAAAAAAGAUAUUGUUAUAUUCUAAUUUUGCUAUGAUUUUGACUUUCAACUUUUGCCAUGUCUAAAACCUGGAAGAAGCCAGAGUCCAACGAGGAUAAAAGGCUAAAUGUUUUAUUUUCUCCAUUCCGAAAACGAGAAUUCAACCCAAUAGAUUAUGAUUCGAAGCUCAACUAUUGGAAAGAAGAGAUUGACAAGUUGUGUAGAAAAAGCCAAAAUGCCACCUUCACCGUUACCAAACUCCAAAGGGAGUUCACGAGGAAUAAAAAAUCCCCUUCUUGCAUACCGACAGUCGUAGAAGAACUCUUAAGAUCUGGGGAUGCUAUGUUGCUAGAUUCAUUUUUGAAAAUCAACCCCAGCCUCUCGUGGGGAGGGUGGGUUGUCAGUUCUCUAAUUGUAACGCCAACAGUCUGGUCGUUUAAAAAACUCUUGGAAGCUCUCGAUUAUGGAAAAGAUAACGAACAAUGUUAUGUGUCAAUUCAGUAUUUAAAGGCUUUAGGAGGAGAUAUUGUCCAGAAAUGUGAGAGAGAAUCAACUUAUGUCAUGACUAAGGAGAAUUUUAUUAAAGGUGCUUUUCACUAUAGAGAAGUACCAAAUGAGACAGUUGAUCUACUUGUACGAUAUCUAAUGAUUGAAAAGAAAUGUCUUGUUCUGAAAACGGAUGGCAAGGAAUUUUUGAAAAUAGGAUCGCAGGUUAAAGAUUUUACAGAGUCUGAAACUGUUUUUGCCUUGUUGGAAGAUAAUAGAAAACAUCUUGAACACACCAUAGAGACUCUGGAGAAGGAAAAAAAUGACUGCAUGGAUUUGGUCAGAAAGCAAUUAAAAGAUGGAAAUAAAAUUUUGGCUAAAAACACGUUAAGAAAAUGUAAAGAACUGGAGAAAUUUAUUCAGAAAAAAUGUUCUACCCUGAUGAAUCUCGAUUCUCUUAUUACUAGGAUUCAUGAAAUUAAAAGUGAUUCAGAGAUACUUAAAGCUUAUAAACUGGGCUUAUCAGCACUCAAAAACAAUUUGAAACAAGGUGAACUGGAUGAAAAUUCUGUUGAUGAAACAAUGAGUGAAAUACAAGAGGUUACGGAAAUGCACGAGGAUAUACAAUCAAUCCUAUCGCUACCUAUUACUCCAAACGAUGAUUCCAAACUUGAGGAAGAGCUCAGUGAAAUCCUCGCAUCAGAUAUACCUGAAAAAGAGGACUCCAUUGAAAUUGACCUGCCUAGUGUGCCAAUAUCUCCGUUGGCCAAUAAAGAGAAAUUUACCAAUAAAGGCCUAAUUUUUGAACCUGUGGGCUUAUAGUGUUGUGUAUAAUAAAGGUUUGUUUUUUUGUAACAACAUUAACUUGUACAUAAGAAAAUGUAAAUAUAAGUUUUUAGAUUAAUGAAAUUCAUGGAAUGUUAUUGUAAUAAAUUGAAAAAAAAAAUGAAAUGUCCAUGUUCUAAAACUAAUAAAUUGAAUACUAAUUUU